CCACCCCCGUCUUCUCCUCUCAGGUUGGUUCAGCCCCGGUCUACUCUGGGGUGGUGCUAAGCCGGCGCCAGAUCGACCCUCGACUGAGGAGAGGCAGUGCGGUUCCUCUAGGCGCUUCUCCGUUGGUUCCUCCGGCUUCCUCAGCCUCCUCACCACCCGCGGGGACCCGAGAGCUCGGUGUAUGCCCCACCCCUGACCCCGCUAGAGACAUGUCCACCCCGGCUCGGCGGCGUCUCAUGAGGGACUUCAAGAGGUUGCAGGAGGAUCCUCCAGCCGGAGUCAGCGGGGCUCCGUCUGAGAACAACAUCAUGGUUUGGAACGCGGUCAUUUUUGGGCCUGAAGGGACCCCGUUUGAGGAUGGAACCUUUAAGCUUACAAUAGAAUUCACUGAGGAAUAUCCAAAUAAGCCACCAACGGUUAGAUUUGUCUCUAAGAUGUUCCAUCCAAAUGUCUAUGCAGAUGGUAGCAUAUGUCUGGACAUACUUCAGAACCGUUGGAGUCCAACCUAUGAUGUGUCUUCCAUUUUAACAUCCAUACAGUCUCUACUGGAUGAACCCAAUCCCAAUAGUCCAGCAAAUAGCCAGGCUGCUCAGCUGUACCAGGAGAACAAGCGGGAGUAUGAAAAACGUGUUUCUGCGAUAGUAGAACAGAGCUGGCGUGACUGUUGACCUGGGUGGAAGAAAAGCAGCAGCAGUCAUAAGGAAAAUAUGUAUUGAUGUGUCUGUUCUUCAGUGUCAUUACAUUUACUUUAUUAAAAGCAAAAUAGCUGUUGUGCCGUU